GCUGGGGGGCUGGAAGCAGCUGCAGCAUCCCGGUGGUAAUGAAAUCCAUCGGGAAAAGCAGCCCCUGAGCAGCAGGAGCGGCCGUUUGGGAGCCAGAUUUGCCUGAAGGGAAGUGACUCAACGUCUUGGAAGGAGUUGGGGGCGGCGAGGGGAGCAGAGGACAGCGGUUGACCCAGGGUGGGGACAGCACAGCCAGGGGGGCUGGCAGCCACCUGCCUCCCCUCGGGCUCCCGGCUGGAGCAGCAUCCCUGCGGAGCAUCCCCGUUAUCCCUCCGUGGGAUGGAUGGAGCGCUCCGGGCCGGGGGGCGGCACAGGAAAGGAGGAGGCCCCUUGGGAAGCAGCUUGUUGCUUCCUCACGCUGGGUUGUGAUCCAGGCCAGCGUUCCCAGCUCCCGGCGUCACACCCUCUCCCAGCUGUUGCUCGCCGAGCAUCGCGCUGCCAAGAAAACCUCGGUGAUGGAUGCAAUUCCCUCCCCUCUCGCUUAAAACCGGCCGGGAGCGGCACCGUGCCUGUGACUGGUCCCGGCGCGCCGGGAUCCGCCCGGGAAUGGGAUCCCGCUGGCACCCAGGGCACGCCGAGCUCGUCCUGCCCAGCGCGGAGCAGCGGGACAGCGUUGGCACCGCACGAGCUCGUGCCUUAGGCCGGCGUGGAGGGAGCUGCGAUUGUGCCCUGGGACACUGAGCUGUCACCUGUCCUGACAGAGAGGAGAGAGGGGAAGUUCACUGGCUGCAGAUCCCGGCAUCCCAGACCCCUGGGAUUGGCUGCCAUCCCCACAGACAAUGGCGCUUCCCAACCUGUCCGAUUACCUGGACAACCUCAACAACUACAGCGACUACCCGGACUACCCCUACGAGGACAGCGGCAGCGUGUGGGCAGACCCUGCCCACGACCCCAAGGACAUCACCAGGAUCCUGUCCGUCAUCAUCUACAGCGUGUCCUGCGUGCUGGGCAUCCUGGGCAACGGCCUGGUCAUCGCCAUCAUCACCCUGAAGAUGAAGAAGUCGGUCAACGCCGUCUGGUUCCUCAACCUGGCCGUGGCCGACUUCCUCUUCAACAUCUUCCUGCCCAUCAACAUCGCCUACACGGCCAUGAGCUACCACUGGAUCUUCGGCACCGUCAUGUGCAAGCUGAACUCCUUCCUCCUCAUCCUCAACAUGUACACCAGCGUCCUGCUGCUCACCACCAUCAGCUUCGACCGCUACGUGUCCGUGGUGUUCCCGGUGUGGUCGCAGAACCACCGCUCGCCCAGCCUGGCCUACGGCGUUUGCGCCGUCAUCUGGACCGUGGGCGUCGUCAUGAGCUGCCCCUCGCUCGUCUUCCGGGACACGGCGCAGACCCGCAGCUCCGUGAUCUGCUUCAGCAACUUCUCCCUCUCCAGGGAUAAAUCCUACGAGGGGCUGGCGCUGAUGAGGCACCGCACGGUGAACAUCACCCGGUUCCUGGCCGGGUACAUCCUCCCCAUCACCGUCAUCACCUUCUGCUACAUCGCCAUCGUCCUCAACCUGCGCCGGAACCGCCUGGCAAAGUCCAAGAAGCCCUUCAAGAUCAUCGUCACCAUCAUUGUCACCUUCUUCCUCUGCUGGAGUCCCUACCACCUGCUGAACCUGCUGGAGACGGUGCCCGACGCCGUCCCCUGGUCCGUGUUUGAGAUCUUCAUCCCGCUCACCACGGCCCUGGCGGCCUCCAACAGCUGCAUGAACCCCGUGCUCUACGUCUUCAUGGGCCAGGACUUCAAGAAGUUCAAGGUGACCCUCCUUUCCAGGCUGGUGAACGCGCUCAGCGAGGAGACAGGACACUCCAGCAUCGUGCACAGGAGCUUCUCCAAGAUCUCCUCCAUGACUGAGAAGGAGACAACAGUUGUCUAAACUCCGCCUGCAGGAGGGACAGAGUGCCCUGGUGUUGGCACUGUGGCGGUGACCACCCCUGUGGUGGCCCUGUGUGGGUCAAGCAUUGUCCAGCCCUGUCCUACAGCCCGUUUUUGACUGGUGUUGCUGCCUGGGGCUGGCAGGAGAUGGAGACCCCCAAGGUAUGGAGAAGACACAACCACCCUCGAUCUUGUGUGGGACUGCAAAAAUCCUUGUGCCAAACUGAAAAUGUUUUGGGGCAUUCCCGUCCAACCUUUGCAUUGUCUGACCCGGGAAGGGCUUUCCUGGUGUUUCCAGAGGCGCCGUGGUGGGGUGCAGGAUAUCAGGAAGGCUUCUCCUGUGCCAUGGGGGGUCCCUGCCGUGGCCAAAUUGGUGACACUCCCCUGUCCCAUAUCUGUGUGGCUCCUCAUGGUAAAUUCCGGAGGUAUUUUGGUACCAGAACCAGGUGUUGGUGACUUUUUUAGGAAGUGUCCUUACGAGGGGUUGGAAUAUUCCACCUCAAAGAACUGCGGAGUCUCAAACGCCUUCCGAGUGAUCCAGACCCACCGUCCAGUGUGGGGAUCGGGCUCACGGACACACAGGGUCACCAGCAUGGAAAACUGGGAGACAAAAGAGGGAAAGGUCAACCUGAGAUGUCUUUUUAACCCUUCCUUUGAUGGGCACGUUCCACACGGUACAUCCUGCAGAGAAGGUGGAUGUUUGGGACCAGGAGCAGUCCAGGAGCUGGGAAUGAGCUCCUGGAGAGAACCUGCUGUCACCUCCUGUGUCCAGGGCAGACUGGCUCUGCUGGCAGCUGCUCCCUGGUGGGACCAGUCCGGAUGAUUUUGUGUCUCCCAUCUUGGGAGACUCUGGGAAUCUCGUGGGAGGCUCCAUUGCCACACACCGAUCUCUGCAGUGAGGGAUGGACUGAGCCACAGCUUCCAUCCAAUUUCACACCCAGUUAAUUUUGGAGCUCUUUCUCCAUUAGGGCUCCUUCAUCACAACCCAGUGUCACCCUCAUUUAUGUGUCACUCCCAGGACAACGAAGAGUCCCUGGAGCUGGGGACACUUCAGGAGGUCCCUCGGGGAGCUUUGCGCCGAGUUUUGACGUGUUGGCAUUUGGGAGUCUGCUCCCAGGUGCCCACAAAAGCUGAAAUAUUUAUUUAUAGCUUUCCUUGGAAAUCAGAAAAUGGAGAAUAAAAUGGAGAGGCAGCUCCCAGGAAAAGCCAGGAGCUAUUUCCAGGCAGCAGGUUGUGCCAGCCACAGGUACAAGUAAAGCCCAGGUAACUGAGCCAUGGGAAUGUCGUGGAUUAGAGAGGAUGCUGCAGUGGGAGCUGGAUUUCAGGAUUUCAGGAUUUCAGAUGGAUUAUCCAGCAUCCUCUCCACCCCAGCACUGCCCCACCUGGAUCUGCAUCACCUCCUUCAUGUGAUGGGACACGCAGCACCUGGAUUGUCUCAAUAUCUCCUGGGGUUGGGAUCCACCCACAUCCCUGGGGAGCACUGCCACGUCCCAUGGCCAAGCCCAGGGCUACUUCCAGCCCCGAUCCACAGAGAUUUUCCCCCAAAACCCAUGCUGGAUCCAUCCCCAUGGAAGAUGCAGUGCCUGAGGAGGCUGCAGGGCCUCUCUGGUGGUGGGAGGAGGCUCCUCUUGCUCAUUUUCCCUGGUGUUUAAUUAAUAAUGCUGGAAGGUUGCCGGGAUCCUGUUAGGAGUGGGAUAGGACAGGUGGGGUGGACGGGACAGAUGGACAGACAGGGCAGUGACAGGGACACACAGAACCCACAGAGGAUCUGUCUGGGGAACAGUGGGAGUGGGAUGUACCCAGAGCCAGCACCCGCUGGGGCUUUUUGGGCUCAGGGUUUGGACAAGCCCUGGCUGUGGGAGCAGUGGGAUGAAGGACUGGAUGCCACCCCACUGCCCCUCAGGCUGGUGCUGGGAUGUUCAUGAUGGAUUCAGGAUGCUCCUCACUAAUUCUGGUGUCUGUUUUUUUCCAAGCCCAUCUGUUAUUACUCCAAACAGCUUUCCAAAAAACCAAAAACAAACAAAAAAAGCAGUGCCUUGGUACUUACCCUGGGGUUAAAUCAUCACUGUAAUGGCAGCCUGGGAAUCCCAAGUUUCCCAAAUAUUUGAGUCCAUCUUUGUAACUGAUUGCUUAUUUAAUAAACCUCUGUUUUCCAGACAAAUCCCUCGAUGCAUGAA